GCUUGGUCCAGCAUCGUCUAUCAGCUCAUCCCCAACGUUCAGCAGCUGGAAAUGAACCUGAGAAAUUUCGCUCAGAUUAUUGAAGCGGAUGAGGUGCUUCUCUUUGAAAGAGCUACUUUUCUGGUCAUUUCCCAUUACCAGUGUAAAGAACAGCGUGAUGUCCACAGGUUUGAGAAGAUCAGCAACAUUAUCAAGCAGUUCAAGCUGAGCUGCAGCAAGCUGGCAGCCUCCUUUCAGAGCAUGGAAGUCCGGAACUCUAACUUUGCUGCUUUCAUUGACAUCUUUACUUCCAACACCUACGUGAUGGUUGUCAUGUCUGAUCCAUCGAUACCGUCUGCCGCCACCCUGAUCAAUAUCCGCAAUGCCAGGAAACAUUUUGAGAAGUUGGAGAGAGUGGAUGGACCAAAGCACAGCCUUCUCAUGCGCUAAAUAUGGUCAUGUGACCCUUUGGGACCCAGCGGAACUCCAUUGUGUUCUUGGUUUGGUCUGGAGUUUGGAAAAUUGAGUAUUGCUAUUAUGUAUUCAGGCUUUGAGAUAAAUGCAGCUUGUCACCUCUAUAUUCUUCGCCUGUGCUCCCCCCUCUUCCAAAUGAAACACAAACAUAUACAUACCUCCCUCCAUACACAUGCAUAUAUCCACAGAUACCCAUACCCACAAGACAGUCCCACACAGACACACAUUCACAUAUGCAGAACACUAUUUACUUCCAGAUCAUCAGGAGACCCAAGAGAGCCUGGAAAAGGGCUUCAUGUAAAGGGAGGGGGUCGUGGGGCACAAGGGAAGGGGACUUGCACAUCGUAUAUUCACCUAGUUCUGAUAGUCAUGCAUGCCAAGCCUUUACUUUGGGAUAUUCUGCCUCUGAUUAUGAAUGACAAGGAUGGAAUUCUGCUCUCUUAUCGGCAAGAUGCUACAAAGCAUUUCGAAAUCCCUCCUUGUUCUCAGUUAUAAAAGAAAAUGUAACUCCUUAGGGAUUCCUAGCUCCCUGAAGCUUGCAAGUGUUUAUCUUUUCACUAUAUCAUUUUUGUCCUUUUCGCCACUGGCGAAAACCUCUGGAUCUUCACGAGUCUAUCCCCAUUUGAUUCCUGGAGAAUCCCUAUGUCACCCACCCAAUGGCAAAUUUGUAUCAGUCUUAUGUUAUCUGUAUUAAUCAUUGGACAAAAUAAAGUACUUAUGGCAACCAAA